AUACCUAGAUCGUUGGACACUCCCCUCGUUCCUGGCCUAUGCAUGGGUGCUCGGAUUCGCUUUGCUCCGACACACGGUCACUCUCGCCCGAAUUCAGGGCAUCUCCCUCUUCGGACAUGGCCGCGUGGCCGCUCUUUUUCUCAUCCUGGUCCCCGUUGACGCAGCCGAGAGACGCCGUGGUCCAGACCCUUCGGCUUACGCAAGGCUUGGCUUCCUGGAAGCCGUUCCCGCGCCGUGUGUGGCAGUUUGUGCAUAGUGCCUUAAUUAGCCGACCUCUUCAUGCAUUGACCGGUCUCAGUUCAAAGUGGAUGGCCCAAUGGUGAGUGUGGGGGGCCAGGCCUGACAGAACUCUCCCUCGAGAAGCAACUAUUCCGAGUGAGUCUUUUGGCAAAGUCGAUGUUCGUCCCUACGGCACUGUCAAGGUCCCCGCAGAAGUACACGCUUGUUGAGGUGUUAGGCAAGGAGGGGAACUCCAGAUUGCUCAUACUGGCAAACUUGCCGGCUUCUUUCAGCUGUUCCCAAUCCUCCCGGCUUGCUUUGAUAUGCAUGACGGGCAGUGCUUUGGCAUCCCCGAAGAGAAUGUUCGGCAGGGCGUGGUGAUCAUUGGUUGUUUUGCUUCCCAUGUGCCGCGCUGCCGCUGUUGUAUUACGGCAUUACAGGCGGCUCGAAAACAGGACUGCUUCUUGGAGGGCAGUCAGUCCCACGGGAACACGAGCACCGCAAGAAGGGGCAGCUGUCCAGAUCAGAGGGGUUGGGACGCAGGCUGCUUGUCCAAGGGAUCUCGCCAGCUUUUGCAUAAUUCAAUCCACUUCUUGAUAGCUGUUAGCGGAUUGAGGAAUCGACCAUCAAGAUUCCCCCUGUCCCCGAGUCCGAAUGCCAUGUACUGCCAUCUGUGGCCGCAAGAAGAUAUCGGUCAGGUGUAACCGAACGUGGAUGGGUUGCGGACAAUCUACAAACUGAUGAUGACGUCAACUCUGAAUAGCCUCCAGCUCGGCGCGUCUGACUCUUUGAGAAGACAGGUGGAGAUGCGGGGCCUGAGGAUGGCCUGGAAGGGAAUCCGAAGACUAGCCAAGUGGAUGGAGUUGGGGUGCUUGGGGUAAGGUGGGCUCAACUGGGUGGGUGCCGAGGACAAUGUAUGGUUGCUGUAGGGUUAUCUUGUUUGAGAAGAACGGCUACAUUGAGAGAAUCGAGGUCGUUUACAAGAUGUGAACGCGGUCCGUACUUGUACAGAAAGAAAAUGCCCGGCCCAUCAUGUAGGCGUUGUCAGGCUCGGAGGCUAGAUCUUUAUUUGACCUGCAUACCGGGUUAUCUCAUAUAUAUAAACACGAAAGCGCUUACAGGUGCUCUCACACAUAUCUUCCUAUUCUGG